AGUCUUACCAGAUGUAAACUAUGGACUGUGUGGUUUAGCCGUCAAGGUGCCAGCCAUAUAUUUAUGGUUCCAGGGGUAUAGUUCAGUGACAGGUCUAAAAUGUUGCUCCGCUUGGCACCGGGCCGACGGCUCCUCUCUUGCCGGGCCAGGAUCCUGCAGUGCCGCAGCAUGAAAACAGAAAACACCGCUAGGAGCGCCAGCGUGCUUUCUGCAUUUAGGUCUAUCUGUGGCGAGGACGGCGUCUCGUUGGGUGAAGCGGUCAGAGAGCAACACGGCAGAGACGAGUCGGUACACAGAUGUUGCCCCCCAGAUGUGGUGCUGUUUCCCCGUUGCGUGGAGGAGGUCAGUGCCCUCGCCAAGAUCUGCAGCCGCCAUAGCCUUCCCAUCAUCCCAUUCGGCACUGGAACCGGCCUGGAGGGCGGGGUCAGCGCAGUCAUGGGUGGCAUCUGCUUCAGUCUGAGGAACAUGGACCAGGUUCUGGAUCUCCACCAGGAGGACUUUGACGUGACUGUAGAGCCCGGCGUGACGCGGAAGGGCCUCAACUCAUACCUGCGAGGCACCGGCCUGUGGUUUCCUGUCGAUCCCGGGGCCGACGCCUCUCUGUGCGGCAUGGCUGCCACCAGCGCAUCCGGCACCAACGCAGUGCGUUACGGGACCAUGAGGGAGAACGUGUUGAACCUGGAGGUGGUGCUGGCCGAUGGCAGCGUGCUUCACACAGCGGGCAAGGGCCGGCGUCCCAGGAAGACUGCAGCGGGCUACAACCUGACAAACCUGUGGGUGGGGUCAGAGGGCACCCUGGGGAUCAUCACCAAGGCGACCCUGCGUCUGUACGGCAUCCCGGAGGCCACGGUGGCGGCCGUGUGCUCCUUUCCCUCCGUCCAGGCCGCAGUAGACAGCACGGUGCAGAUUUUGCAAAUGGGAGUACCUGUCGCUCGCAUUGAGUUCCUGGACGAUGUGAUGAUGGACGCGUGCAACAGGUUCAGCGCUCUGUCCUACGCCGUGGCCCCGAGCCUGUUCCUGGAGUUCCACGGCUCCGAGGGAAGCCUGGAGGAGCAGGUCAAAGCCGCCGAGGACAUCACUCAGUAUAAUGGCGGUUCCGGUUUUCAGUGGGCUAAAGAUGCUGAGACACGGGAACGACUGUGGAAGGCCCGCCAUGACGCCUGGUACGCCAGUCUGGCCCUCAGACCAGGCUGUAAGGCUUACGCCACAGAUGUUUGUGUCCCUCUGUCUCGCUUACCACAAAUCCUGGUGGAGACAAAGGAGGACCUGAUUGAGAGCAGGCUCACGGGUCCCAUCGUGGGUCAUGUGGGUGAUGGUAACUUCCACUGUCUGAUGGUGGUGGACCCCGAUGACCCCGAGGAGCUGCACAGGGUCCACCUGUUCGUCGAGAGACUGGCCAGGCGAGCCCUGUCCAUGGACGGUACUUGCACAGGGGAGCACGGAGUGGGUUUAGGGAAGAGAGCGCUGCUCUGUGAAGAGACGGGACCCGUGGCUGUCCAGGUCAUGCAGCGUCUCAAGGACGCCCUCGACCCAAGGAACCUUAUGAAUCCUGGGAAAAUCCUGCUGCCGAAAGAGCUGUAGACCGCACGGGGAGCCGGGAAUCUCAUCACGAUUUAACUCGCCGCCUGAUCAGAGACUUUUGGAGCGUAUUGCACAUGUGCACAAAUGUGUUCCUUCUUCCUGACGAGAUGGAAACGCACUGGGAUAAAAAUCAAAAUGAAGACGAGGGAUUAAUGAGGGAUUGUAUCUAAAUAGGCCUUUUCACACAAGACGCUUUGACUUCACAAGCACACGGGCUACUUCUAUGGUUCAAGUGUCCCAGUGGAUAACAGGAACCUGACUUCAAAACAGACAAUGUCCAAUUCCAAAUAUCAGCUAUGUGAAAAGGGCUCCGGAGGCCCCAGGUCAGGUGUUGAUGAUGCUUUCAAUAACCCUCAGAUGUAGAAAUUCAGAUAAUUAAAGAAGAUCUACAAUGUUUGAAUGUAUCGUAGUGGCAGUGCUAUCCUCUAAAUGUGGGAUUUCUUUCAUGAAAGCCUUUCACUCCUAAUAUUUGUAAUGUAUAAAUUAGGGCCAAUUGGCCUUCCUGUGAAAUUCCAUUGUUCAGAAAAAUAAGUGAUUAAAUCUUGCUUUUGUGUCUUUGCUUCA